UUAUCUCCAAACUUGAUCAAAACAAGGGGUAGUCACAGAAACCCAUAAACAUUAAACCAGCCUCUCAAGCCCUCAUCACUUAGCCAUCUGUUUUCCCUUUUGGUAUCACAAAGGAAAAUUUCUCCAUAAAUUUUCCAUUUCAUGUUUCUGCAGAAAAUCAGCUGAGAAAAAGAAAAGAAAAGAAAAGAAAAGAAAAAUUUUGGCAAAAACCCAUUUACAAGAAAUGGCAAUUUGCACAGUUUACACAACUCAAUCACUGAAUUCAACAUGCUCAAUUUAUACACCAGCAAAAACCCACUUGGGAUUUAACCAGAAACAUGUUGUUUUCUAUAGCAGUAGCAAGAAAACCAGUAGAAGAGCUGCAAAUGGGGUGAUAACUUGCUCAGCAGGUGACUCACAGACAGUUGUGAUUGGUCUAGCAGCAGACUCAGGUUGUGGGAAGAGUACCUUCAUGAGGAGGUUAACUAGUGUGUUUGGAGGUGCAGCAGAGCCACCAAAGGGAGGCAAUCCAGAUUCAAACACACUCAUCAGUGAUACAACAACAGUGAUAUGUUUAGAUGAUUAUCAUUCAUUGGAUAGAACAGGAAGGAAAGAGAAAGGAGUGACAGCACUUGAUCCGAGAGCUAAUGAUUUUGAUCUAAUGUAUGAACAAGUUAAAGCUCUUAAAGAUGGGAUUGCUGUUGAGAAACCUAUUUAUAAUCAUGUCACUGGUCUAUUAGAUCCUCCUGAGCUCAUCAAGCCUCCUAAGAUUCUUGUUAUUGAAGGCCUUCACCCAAUGUUUGAUGAACGUGUAAGGGAUCUCUUGGACUUCAGCAUCUACUUGGACAUAAGCAAUGAAGUUAAAUUUGCAUGGAAAAUUCAAAGAGACAUGGCAGAGCGAGGACACAGUCUUGAAAGCAUUAAAGCCAGUAUUGAAGCUCGCAAGCCUGACUUUGAUGCUUAUAUUGAUCCACAAAAGCAACAUGCAGAUGCAGUGAUAGAAGUGCUACCAACACAACUGAUACCAGAUGACAAUGAAGGGAAAGUAUUGAGAGUAAAGCUGAUAAUGAAAGAAGGGGUGAAGUAUUUCAGCCCAGUUUACUUGUUUGAUGAAGGUUCCACCAUUUCAUGGAUUCCAUGUGGUAGGAAGCUCACCUGCUCUUACCCUGGCAUCAAAUUCUUCUAUGGCCCUGACACUUACUUUGGCCAUGAGGUGUCAGUAUUGGAGAUGGAUGGGCAAUUCGACAGAUUAGAUGAGCUUAUCUAUGUAGAAAGUCAUCUGAGCAACAUUUCCACUAAGUUCUAUGGAGAAAUCACUCAGCAAAUGUUGAAGCAUGCAGAUUUCCCUGGAAGUAACAAUGGAACAGGUCUCUUCCAAACCAUCAUCGGAUUGAAAAUAAGAGAUCUCUACGAGCAAAUCAUCACCAGUAAGGCGGGGGCUCCUGUAGAAGCAAAAGCCUAAUAAUUUCUACCACCUUUUCUUUCUUCCUUUCUAUUCUUCUUCACUGUUUGUUUUAGGCUAUUCUUCAUAAGAAUGAGAAAUACUUGCGCACCUAUUUGGUGUUUGUAACUCUGUGAAGAUUUGUGUAUUAUAGAGAAAUCAAAAGCAGAGAUUAAAUUCAGUUUUAA